AUCAUUCUAGAGUCAGAAGAUUUCCAUAUUGUCAAACACAAGAAUAUAUUGGUAAGCAAAGAAAAAACUGGUGGUUGGUUACCACUAUAGGUCACAAGUCCUCUUAUUUUCCAAGUCAUCUGAACCACAACCCUUUUCACCAAAUACAUAUAUAAUCCUCUCUCACCUUUCUCAUUAAUUUGCUUCACCCUCAACAGUCCAAAUCAUACCAUUACUGUUCUAUUCAACAUGGUUCUCAAACACGCAAUGAGAGCCAUCCUACCUUGUUGUUUCAAAGCUAAAAAGAGCUCGCCGUUGAAGCAGAAAAAAAACCAAGUUUCGAAAGAAAAUUCUCUCCAGAGGAUCUCACUUUCAGAUUUAAGUGACCCCGGAUCCCCACUUUCAGCCAGUGACAUCUCAAAUUCUCUCAUUGGAUCAAACCUUCAUAUCUUUACGCUCACCGAGCUGAAAGCAAUCACGCGGGACUUCUCCGGUAGUAAUUAUCUGGGAGAAGGCGGGUUUGGACCGGUGUACAAAGGGUUCAUUGAUGACAAGAUUAGACCGGGGUUGGAGGCUCAAACUGUUGCAGUUAAGUUGCUGGAUUUGGAUGGCACACAAGGCCACAGGGAAUGGCUGGCUGAAGUCAUCUUCCUUGGGCAAUUGAGGCAUCCCCAUCUGGUGAAACUGAUAGGAUAUUGCUGCGAGGAUGAGCACAGGCUUCUUGUGUAUGAGUACAUGGCACGUGGCAACCUCGACAAUCAACUAUUUAGAAGAUACUCGGUUCCCUUGCCAUGGUCAACGAGGAUACAAAUCGCAGUUGGUGCUGCAAAAGGCCUUGCUUUCCUCCAUGAAGAAGAGAAACCAGUAAUCUAUAGGGAUUUUAAAGCUUCAAACAUCUUAUUAGACUCGGAUUACACUGCCAAGCUCUCUGACUUUGGGCUGGCAACCGACGGUCCAGAAGGAGAUGACACACAUGUCUCGACUCGUGUCAUGGGCACACGAGGCUACGCUGCCCCCGAGUACAUCAUGACAGGUCAUUUGACAGCUAUGAGCGAUGUUUACAGCUUCGGGGUAGUUUUCCUAGAACUCCUAACGGGGAGACGUGCCAUGGACAAGACUCGCCCCGGUAGAGAGCAAUGCCUGGUAGAAUGGGCACGGCCUCUUUUGAAGGAUCCCCAGAAGCUUGAAAAAAUAAUGGACCCAAGACUUGAAGGACAAUACUCCAUACAAGGGGCUAAGAAAGCAGCCUUAUUGGCCUACCAGUGCUUGAGCCACCACCCGAAGUCCAGACCAUCAAUGAGCAACGUGGUCAAGACUUUGGAGCCUUUGGCGAACUUAGAUGACAUCCCAGCAGGGUUCUUUGUAUACAUUGUUCCUACUGAAACCGGGAAGGGAAACAAUUUUCAAGAGAAAGGAAAUAAGGAUGAAGAGAAGGUGGCCGACAACAAAGAGAAGGGAAUUGAAGGGAAAGAAAAGGAGGAAGCAAAGAGAGAGAAUGGCUGCCACCAGCACCGCAAUGGUUACAGGCAUAGGCAUCAUAUAAGGUCGAUCAGACCACGCGCCGUCUACUCCGAUACUGCUUUAUAUAAGACUCUUAGGAAUGAUUUGAAGUCUCCCAACCACAGGGGAUGAACAAGUGUUAAUCAUACUGUAUAUGGAGUUCUUCCUCAUAAAAAUAAAAAAAAAAAAAAAAAAAAGUUUCAGUUGUGUAUGAACAAAAAAAUCUACAGUUUUUAAUUUACAGCAAAAAGUAAUUUGCAAAUUUACUGGUAAAAAUUUCACCGCAAAGUUCAAUUAGUUCAUAACUCUGGGUGGAUUUAAAAAUCAGUCAAAUUUGAUGGUUGAUGUAUGAACAACAUUACAUGUUAUCCAAUUUUACAUCAAAAU